AUGCUCAGGCGUAUGCAGACACUGGUCCGAGUACAAGCCCGAGCACGUGCAAGUCGAACACUCAUGUCAGACUCACCACAUUCUAGCAGAAAAUCCUCCCUAUCUCACCACCCUCUCCCAGAAAGUCCUGACAAAAUUGGAUACCAACCCCGUGCUUGUAGCAGCAAAUUUGAUGGACCCUCAAUACUGAAGAGAUGCGGUUCAAAUUCAAAUGUAAGGGAUGUCGUAAAUCUAGACAGAAGACGGCUGGCGUCAGGUUGGUUAGACCGGUGGAUGGAAGAAAGUGCGCGGAACAACCGCCGAGAUGCUUCACUGAGAUAUGAGCAAGCAGAUGACGUAAGGGGUGACAAGAUACUUGAAGUAGAUACUUGGAAGCCUCACUUGGGCUCCCAACGUAGACCCCAAACCUUUCAAACAGCACAUCAUGUUCUGACUUCAAAUCGUUACAACCCAACCUUCAUGACAUUUGACUCUCCAUCAAAACAUUCGAUGAAGGAACCGAACCCGAUUCCAAACCAAGCUUCUAUGGACGUCUUAUCACUGAGCUCUCUGAAAUAUGCUAUAGCAACAGAUGAAGCAGCUUUUAGGACUGCUGAGAACAGCCCACAAGCAUUUUCUGCCUCCUCUAGACCUGGAAGUAGUGGUAGAAGAGGUCAUCACUUCACGCCAGCAAGGAGUGAAUGCUCGUGGGGUUUCAUUAAUGGGUAUGCAGGUUACCCCAACUACAUGGCUAACACGGAAUCAUCCCGAGCUAAGGUCAGGUCACAGAGUGCCCCAAGGCAAAGGCUUGAGUUUGAGAAAUAUGGUUUGACCAAAAAGUCUGUUCAGGAGUUUUGGGAUGCAGGAACUUGUUCAGAUACUAGUUUUGCUCAAGAUUCCGACUGCCGGAAUAAAUCAGUGUUUAGCUCUAGCCGCUUGAACAGACUUGGGAGUGCCAGUCCACGGUGA